AUGUCAUCGUCCUCUUCCCUCUUGUCACCAGGCGCCCACACUGUCAUCAUCAACGAUUUGAAAAUCCACUACAAUGUCCAGAGCGACUCUCCAUCAUCUCUCCCACCCCUAAUCGUCCACCCCCCUCCCUGGGGCGUUGGUGCAGACAUGUACGUCUCGACCUUUGGCAGACUAUCUUCACGCUUCACAUUGAUCGUCCCUUCACCACGCGGAAAUGACUCUUCGGACACGCCUACAGACCCUUCCGCCAUGUCUACCAGACACAUCGUGCAAGAUCUCGAGGCUCUUCGCGUCCACCUCGGCCUCGAGAAGGUGAGUUUGGCAGGCCACUCCGCCGGUGGAGUCGUGGUGCUCGGGUACGCAAUCGCGUAUCCCCAGCACGUGGAUCGGUUGGUGCUCAUCGAGACGGACCUGCUGGGAUACACGCGCAAGGACCAAUCUUUCUUCGCCAAAGUCGGAAAGAUCUUCUCGUCCAUGAGCGUGACCAACGACGCUGAAUUCCGCACGUUCGUCCUCAAAAUGAUGCACUUGUACUUUGCGCAUCCGCAGAAUGGAGGUCCAGAGGCGUUUGAAAAGGCAUGGACGGCCUUGCCGAAGCUGUCGACGUACGGGGCGUAUUAUGCCGCAGAUCAGACCGAGGGUGGCAAGUGGGAUCAGCUUGCCGAGUUGGGAAGAGUGACGGCUAAGACUUUGGUCGUGGUUGGUAGACAGGAUCGGACUUGUGGUGUAGAGGUUGCAGAAACAGUAGCCCACGGUGUCAAGGGGAGCAACUUGAUCGUUUUGGAGGAUUGUGGGCAUUUCCCUUGGGUUGAGCAAGAGAACAAGUUCUGGGACAUCGUUGAUGGGUUUCUGAGAGGCUGA